AUGUUAUUUAAAAGUCCUUCUCCACCUGCUAUCCCUUUUACUCAAUCACAAUUAAAACAAUUAUUAGAAUUCGCUGUAUGCAACAUUCCAUUCAGAUUUCUCGAUAAAGUAUAUAUACAAACUGAUGGAUCAAUUCUUGAUGAUUUCUGUUCAGCAGUAAAUAACUUCACGUACAGUAAAACUGAAGAAUCAUCAAAACCACAUUUAGAUUUAACAAUCGCAAAAUUACGAGAACAAAAUAAUACUAGUUUGCCGUUAACUUCCAUCAAUUUUGAACAAUAUCGUUUAAUUCUAUACGUUGUUGAUAUUCUGUCGAUAUGCUUUGCCACAGAAGUGCAUGAAACAACACAUAUUAUUUUAAAAAAAUUAAUUGAACAUCACAACAGACAAUUUCAGCAAUUAUAUCCAACAUUAGCAAAACCAAAAUAUCAUUUUUGUACACAUCUACCCUAUCAAGUUGAACAAAUAGGUCCACAAAAGUAUACAAAGUGUUUAUCGACAGAAAGAAAACAUCAACAGUUCAAGGGAGUGAAAAUGCGCAACUUUUUAAAUUUACCAAUGACCCUAUCCACCAGACACGAAUUGUGGAUCAGUAUCAUCGAUCAUAAUGAAGAUGGAACUCUUAGUACAACAGUACUACAUGAUCCUGUCGAAUUCAAAUUGAGUGAUAAUGAAUUAACUGAUCAAGAUGUUAUACAAGUGUUAAGUCAAUUGAAUUUACCUUUCGAUCCAGUAGCAAUGAUUAAGUCAAUCAAAAUAGAUGGAAUUGAAUAUCGCGAAAACGCUCUUAUUUACGUUGCAGAUCACCCGUUCCGUGCUUUACCUCAAUUUGGUGAAGUCAAAUACAUAGUAAAUAAUGAAACUGAUGUUCUGUUUGUUAUAAUGAAUUGGAAACGCUAG